UCAUCAACCAGCUGAUUUUCGACGGAAGUUGUAAAACUUUGCGGGUCCACUGUCAAAACUGUUUAUAAUCAUUAAAUUACAAAUACAAGCUGCGGUUUUAUUAUAACCUGAAUAAUUAGAAGAUAAUAAUGUCUGGAAAAAAUCUAAGUAAACAGGAAAAGAACGGAGACGUUGUGGCGUACAGUGAAGCAGCAGUCAGAAAUAAUGCAGCAGUGGUAGAAUAUUGUAGAAUAUCAAUGGCAGCAUUAUCCGGUAGUACUGCAGGUUUACUUGGAUUGACUGGAUUUUAUGGUUUUGGAUUCUAUAUUUUUGCUGUCAUAAGUUUAUGGGCAAUGCUAUUACUCAAAGCAAGUGGUAAUUGGAGGCAAUACUUCAUUAGUCGAUAUAGUUUACUGACUAAUGGUUUCUUUGGUGGUUUAUUUACAUAUGUUCUAUUCUGGACAUUCCUGUACGGUAUGGUACAUGUUUAUUGAGUGUUGGGAAUUUUGUAGUUAGUUAAUUCACCCGAAUGAAGAGGAGAAAACGAACACAAUAUUUGCUGUGAGUGAUUUUGAAAUUUCCCAUGUUUUUAAUUACAAAUUUUAAAUGGAUUAUACUAGAAGACUAUCAACUCUAUUUACAAACUGUUUGAAAAAUUCAAGUGGUCACUGUUUUCCUAUUCUAAACUAAAAGUUGAUUCAAUGAAAAAUUAGGUUAUAGAUGUAUAUCAUAAAAAUAUAACUAUAAAUAAUUUAUUAUUAGAUUUAAAAAAAGAGCUGAAAAGUAUCGUCAAAGCAUUUAAAGAAUUAUUUUAUAUCUAGAUAGAUUAGUAUCAUUCGCGUUGAAAGUUUGUACUUUACAUGCUCCUGUAUCUAAGACAUAAACUAAAUGAAUAAAUAUUAUUGUUUGGAUAAGUGAA